GGGACCCGGCGGCAGAGGCGCGGGCACACUCAGGCCGGGAGCGUGGUGGCCCGGGUGGCCACAUCAUGGACUCGGCCACCGAGGAGUACGAGCUUAAUGGCGAGCUGCACCCAGGCUCGCCUGGCUCUCCCGCGGUCUCGCCUCCCCGCUGGGGCUUUAGGAACCAGCCCAUCAACUUGAACCAUUAUGCCAACAAGAAGAGUGCGGCCGAGAGCAUGCUGGAUGUUGCGCUGCUAAUGGCCAAUGCGUCCCAGCUGAAGGCCGUGGUGGAGCAGGGUCCUGCCUUUGCCUUCUUCGUGCCCCUAGUGGUCCUCAUCUCCAUCUCCCUGGUGCUGCAGAUCGGCGUGGGUGUGCUGCUCAUCUUCCUCGUCAAGUAUGACCUUAACAAUCCAGCCAAGCAUGCCAAGCUAGACUUCCUGAACAACCUAGCUACGGGUCUGGUAUUCAUCAUCGUGGUGGUCAACAUCUUCAUCACAGCUUUUGGGGUCCAGAAGCCCAUGAUUGAUGUGGCACCCCGGCAAUAGAGAACCCAGAACCUUGGAUGCUACCUGUCCCACAGCCCAGCCCCCAGAAACUGCAAGUUCUGAAGGCAUCCCAAUUCCAUGUGCAGUACUCCCAGAAAUGGCCAAAGCCCAAACUGGCCUUUGCUGGGCCAUGUCCUGGGACACGCCGACUAUGGCUGAGCAGAGGAGGCCCUACCUGGCACAUGGGGGCUGGAUGUGAGCCAAGAAGGUCAGAACUGGACAGACCUAGAAACUAGUACCCAGAAAAGGGUCACACCCCACCAAAGGACACACAUCUGAUCUGGAUGGGCCAGAUGAGGGGUUUGCUCUGGUCUGUGUCUCAGGAUGUUCCAGAAGGACUAGAACAUGCCCCCUCCCUUUGCUGAAGCACCAGCAUCCCCAUGUCCUGUGAGGCCUGCCCAGGUCACUCUGGAGACUGUUGCACUGCUUCUGCCACUUCCUAACCCAGGGACACUGGACAUCCAGAACCGACCACCAGUCUCUGGCUUCCACUUCAGCACCUGGGCUUGGUGGUCACCAAGAGGCAGCCAUGCUCGGGUGGGCCUCAGGCCCUGCCCACACCCUCCACCAGCAGUGAUCAGGCAGAACCUGAGGCCCCUCCUAGGGGUCCAGGUCUCCACUUUUCUAAUCAGGAAUGACAAUAAAGCUCAUAUGCCUCCCUGCA